AUGUCGCAGCCUCAAGCUCAAGCUCAAGCUCAAGCUCAAGUCAAGCCUCGCGAAUUCAAGUUCGUCGGAGCUUUUAGUCGCAAGCGACGCCGUCGAAACGGUACUGGCCCAACUGGGCCGAAGAGUACAACUGCAGUGGCCUCGACUCCCCGAAGUGCACCUACACCCGCCGCGCCAAAUUCCAGCCCUAAAGUUGCGGAUGGAAAGGAAGAAAACAAAGCCAAGUCGCAGCAGGGAUCUCCUCCUAUUGUGACGCAUGCACCCGAUGUUCAAGUUCCACCACCAGACACUCCCAUGAUAUGCGAAGAAACCGCCAACCCAGUCGACAGCGAGAUGAUGCUGCAACCCGUCACCGAGAGCAUGAACCAAGGAAACGACAUAGACUGGUCCUACUCGAGCUUGAUGAACCCAUUCUUUGACCCAGGCCCGUCCUUUGCCGCUCCCUUUGACCAUAUGAACGGGCAUCAACAGCUGCCCCUUUACUUUGGUCCCGACAUCCCUUUUGUGCAGUUGGAUGAAAGCUCCUCUGCCGACAACUCUCCUCAGGACAACUUCAUCGGACCCAAUCUGCCUAACGAGAGCAGCGGAGCCAAUGUUGAAUGCGAUGCCGAUGGGCAGCCUUCAACAAUCGACGAGAUUGUCUUGCCAUCAUUGAGCUCCCAGGAAGCUCCUUGCAACAUUAGCCUGACUAUUACCCAACUACUAACGCGGUAUGAUCAAGAAUUUUGCGUCAUGCCCUUGACACACGAUUUCGACGCCAACCCUUUCCGAUUCGACGCUGAGACUGGACGAGGCUCGCAGCUCCUCCUUCACUGUAUUCUGGCUCUUUCCUACAAACACAUAAAUCGCGAUACCGGCUCUUGCGCCAGCGAGGCUAAAAUGCACAAAAAGAAGGCUCUCCAGAUGCUUAGGGACAUGGAGGGCACUUCGCAAGCAUCGCCAAUUGAAGCGACCUUUCUUGACGCCGUGUUGAUUCUCAUGACAUUGGACGCAAGUUCUCCUCCAAAAUAUCGGUGGGAUGUAACUCUUGCCCUCACCAGCCGCCAAGGAUGCGUUCUAUCCGAGUCUACGAUAAUCAGCCUCUUCAACCAUGACAAGUCGAGCAACGAGACAUUCUACAGCGUAUCCGGGUGUCCAGAAGCCCUUUUUAGACACAUGAUCCGUUUGGGAUCGUACGCAAGAGAGUUUGAACUCGUGGCCAACAUGACGUGUGUAAAGUUUGACAUGGGGCCAGUGCUGGGUGUGGAAAAGGAAAUCAGGGAUUGGGCGGAUCCUGAGAACGGUGAUCUCCCUGAUCAGAUUGUCGCCGAUACUCCCCCUUCCGAAGGAUGUGACAUCGGAGAGGUUGCUCACUACAAGGAAGACCUUCAUCACUGCGCAGAAGCUUGGCGAUAUGGCCUCCUCAUCUACAUAUGCCGGGUGUUCAAGUGGCAGCGUGACCAACCGGCACCGCCAAUCCUGGGUUUCCUCGCACGCAAGACGCUUAAUCAUGUCACAUCCUGUAGAUACAGCUCCAUGCUCCAGAAGCAGUUACUUCUUCCUGUGUUUCUCGCUGGCUGCGAGACAAAGGACGAGCAUCUACGUCAGGUGGCCAGGACAUACUGCAGCUGGUGGAAUGAGCGGACUCGCUAUGACAUGUUCCUGACGGCCAACGCUCUGCUCGAGGAAGUAUGGUCUAACGAGACCCCCAACGCGUGGUGGGGAUCGAUCAUUGACCAGAAGAGCCGGUCCAAUGUUGGGACGGGAGAUGCCCGUCAGUAUUUGUUCGGUUGA